AUGGAAAGAGGGAGAGGAGGAGGAGGAGGAGGAGGAAGGAACCUGGGAGGUUCUGGCCUGCACAGGAGCAUUUAUUCCCAGUCCCAGCAGCAGUACCAUUACCCGGCCUCUUCCCAGGGGGGCUGCAUGGAGAUCCAGGAGCUGGCCUCCAAGAGGGUGGACAUCCAAAAAAAGCGAUUUUAUCUGGAUGUGAAACAGAGCUCCCGGGGCCGCUUCCUGAAGAUCGCCGAGGUCUGGAUAGGAAGAGGCAGGCAGGACAACAUCAGGAAAAGCAAGCUGACCCUCUCCUUGUCCGUGGCCGCCGAGCUGAAGGACUGCCUGGGGGACUUCAUCGAGCACUACGCCCACCUGGGCCUGAAAAGCGGCCACGGUCACCGACACGAGCACAGCAAUGACAAAGAGCAGCUUCCCCGGAGGAGACAGCAGCACCCUCCGCCUUCGCCUCCGGUGUCUGUGGGCUCUGAAGAGCACCCUCACAGCGUCCUCAAAACGGAGUACAUCGAGAGGGACAACAGAAAGUAUUACCUGGACCUGAAGGAGAAUCAGCGGGGGCGCUUCUUGCGGAUUAGACAAACGAUGAGUAGGGGACCUGGCAUGAUGGGAUAUUUUGGCCACAGCUUGGGACAGGAGCAGACGAUCGUCCUUCCGGCACAAGGGAUGAUCGAGUUCAGGGAUGCUUUGGUCCAGCUGAUCGAAGAAUACGGUGAGGGGGACAUAGAGGAUCGCAGAGGGGGAGGCGAUGAGCCCCCGGAGCUCCCCGAGGGCACCUCCUUCCGGGUGGACAACAAGCGCUUCUACUUCGACGUGGGAUCCAACAGGUACGGCAUUUUCCUGAAGGUAAGUGAGGUGAGGCCGCCCUACCGUAACACCAUCACGGUUCCGUACAAAGCGUGGACGCGGUUUGGGGAAAAUUUUAUCAAGUACGAAGAAGAGAUGAGGAGAAUUUACAACAGCCAUAAAGAAAAAAGAAUGGAUGCCAGAGAGGACAGUGGUGAAGAGCAAGAGGGUCUCGAAUAG